AUGGCCUUUCUACACGCGUACUCCUGCGAGUGUAUGAAAUCGGAGCCUGAACUCUUUACACUACCACCGACGCAGACUACUAUAGAGAGCGCCCAGUGGGUACACUACAAGCCCAUCUCAUCGCUGACCGAUGACUCGCCCAUUGAGUUUGUCGUGCCGGGUAACGGCGACGAAUACCUCGUCGCCUCGUCGCCUUGUAACCUAGCCCACACCAUGCUGAGUUUACGCGUACAGCUGCGAUCCAAGAAUGCGGCCUAUAUAGAGACGUUUUUAAAUUACGGGCCCGCCGCUAAGGAGUCACACCUUUCAAGCGUGCUCUGGUACAACGACACGCCCGGUCAUAUGCACGAUACAGCAGGCAAGAAUAUAGGUCUCGCGAAUAGGCAAGCAUUCGUCGGUAAAAACAGCACGGUCGAUCUGAUCGGUCAUUUACACUGCGAUGUAUUUAACCAAGAAAUAGUUUCAUUAAACAGCGUCGAGCACCAUUUACGCCUCAUACGCACAAGAGACGGCUUCUCCCUCAUGGAACCCAAGAGGGAGUGUUCUUUACAUAUAACAGAGGUCACGCUCCUCGUUAGACGUACCAAAAUAAACCCUGGUAUUCUGCUAGCGCAUUCUAAAAUGCUGUCUAAGAUGACGGCAAAGUAUCCGCUUACGCGCGUGGAGGUCAAGGUACUAACGAUGCACGCUGGCUUGCACGGUAGCACGAUGGAUAACGUGAGUCUCAGGAAAUUAUCUAAGCGGAUUAUAAUAGGUUUCAUCUAUAACAAGGCUUUCAACGUACCCUCGAAAGCACUGCAGACCGAUUUCGAUAAAGCCGGUCUUUACGUGGACGCGUAUCAUACCCUCUUCAGUGGCACGGGUAUAAACUUUCUCAACGAGGGUAAUUCGAUAUCUAAGAGCGCUUACGCAGACGGUUACUGCCUGUUCGUUUUCGAUCUCACACCCGAUCUCUCGGCAAACAGCAACACUCACUGGAACCUGAUCAAGCACGGUAGUGUACGAAUCGAGGUACGUUCCGACGAGCCGCUGGCCACUACCGUGGACUGUAUCGUAUACGCAGAGUACGAUAACGUUUUGGAAAUCGACGCCUCGCGUCAGAUCGUCAUAAAUUACGGCGGCUAA